AGAAGAAGGAGUGGGAGACAAAAAAGAAAGGAGGCCGGACCCGACACAAAACAUAACGCACACCGAUAGCAGUAGAGGGUCCAUAAAUGGACAUCAAAUAAACAGAUAGCGAGUUUGUUCACGGAAUUUAAUCCCGUUGAGAGCAGGUCAUGCUGUUCUCGCAAAGGUAAUGAGCCGUAAAGCCCUUGGGUUUCGGCUUAGCAGCGCCCACAAACUGCAGCGAAACUGGAAUGAUUGGCAGCCCAGAGGCGACAGCGUGUCAGCAGCUAGCCAGGACGGUGUGAAGUGCAUCGCCACCAGAGACCUGGGUCCAGCUGCAGCAGCUGUAUACGACCCAACAGCAGUGGGAGUAGCAACCUCGGACCGGCCUGUCUCCCCACCUCUCCUACAGAAUGAUGCCUUCCCAGACACCGCAGACACACUGGACGAAGGGCAUGUUGGGGUGGGUGCUACUGCCUGUCUGCAGCAUGUUGGGGUGGGUGCUACGGCCUGUCUGCAGCAUGUUGGGGUGUGA